AUGUCGUCGGCGACGACGAGCAAGGUAUCCUUCACCAUCCGACGCCCGACACCUGUGUCUCGCGACGAAUCGUCUGGCGGCGACUCUGACUCCGGUUUCAAGGUCCCUCAUCUUCCGCGGCACCUCGUCAGCGGCGGGAGUACCCCGGGCAGCCCCCUCGCGCGCAGCGCUCCUGCCUCACCCAAACAUAACUCGCGCAAGUACACGGAGCGGGACAGCUCGGAUGAGGACGAAGAGAUCGAGGAUGAGCUCGUGACAGGGUUCGAUAGCUUCGGUGUGCAGCGGCUGCAUGAGAAGCGAAAAGAGCCUCAGGGGCCUCUGGUUAUCCCAGCGCUGAAGAAUAAGGACUGGCGCGAGCUUGCGAGGAAACGCAAGGCCUUGUAUGUCCCUCCUAGUGCCCAAGCGGAGACGGGCGCAGAUGGCAGCGUCGGUGGGUUUGGCACUAGGGAUGCAAUCAAUUCGGGUGCACAGCUAUCUGGCCUUCAGAUGAAGAAGCGCGUCAAGCUCGAGGACGAGGCUAUGGCUGUCGAGGAAGCACAUGAGACACAAGUAGUUGCCAAGGUAGAGAAUGAGGUGAAGGAAGAAGAAACAGAGGACCAGAAGGCCAUUCGUUUACUCCUCGCGCGUGCGCGCUCGGACGAUGCCACAGGGCUCGACGGUCCCGCCAUUGAAGCCAUCCCUCCACCCAGCGAGGACGACGCAUACCGUCAGGACGUCGUGGAGCUCCCGGAAUCCGCAUCACUUGAGGACUAUGAACGUAUUCCAGUCUCACAAUUUGGUGCCGCGCUGCUGCGUGGCAUGGGCUGGAAGGAGGGCACUUCGGCGAGCAAGAAAAACAAGGGCCUCAUCGAGCCGUGGCUGCCACAGGCGCGGCCCGCACUGCUCGGUAUCGGCGCGAAGGAACGAGAGGUGUUCGACGACGGGUCAAAAGGGAAAAAAGGCAGGAAGGGCAAGCCAGACAAGAAGUACAUCCCAGUGGUGAAGCGGGAGAGGCAGCCGGGCGAAGGUUCUGGCUCCGGUACCGGUUCGGGCACGUCGUCGAGAAGACGUUCACCGUCCCCCAUUCGCACCAGCUCGAGGCGCGCCUCGAGAUCACCGUCUCCAGAACGCAGGCGCGACCGGGACAGACGUGAUGCAGAUUAUGACCGCGACAAGGGCAGGGAUAGCAAGGACAGAGAGCCCGAUCUGAACAGGGACAGGGGCGGAAACAGAGACAGAGACAGGUACCUGGAUAAGGGAGAAAGGGAUAGAGACAGAGAUAUGGACCGCCGAAGGGACGAUCGUCGAUGGGAGGGCGACAGACGGGCGGAGAGCUCGGGGGAUAGGUAUGAUUCAGAUGGUCGUCGCCGUGACAAGGAUCGCAGAGGCUACUGA